GAUUCAUAUAACCAAUCCCUGAAGAAUGAAGACAGCAAAAAUACUGUGAUUGUUCAGAGGAAAGGUUUCCAUAACAGUGUAACCUUUUAUAUGACUACGAAGGGAUCCAAAAAUGUCGACCAGUAGCACUCUAAGUAACUAUUAUGUGGACUCUAUAAUGGGGCAUGAAGCAGAGGAUGUGUACAGGCCACGCUUUGUCCAGUCUCCGCACAGUACGACCUCAAUGCCACCAGGUGUUGGGGACAAUGCAGAUUUUUCCUCCUGCAGUUUUGCACCCAAAUCAGCCGUUUUCCCAGGGUCUUGGUCCUCGGUCCACACGCAGUCCACCGCCGCAGUAUCAGGGAUUUACCAUCCUUACGUCCAGUCCCACCUCUCCGCAGCAGACAGCAGAUAUGUUCGGUCGUGGAUAGACCCAAUUUCUAGCAACGUUUCUUUCUCCGGCUUUCACUAUAACAGCCGGCAUUAUGGAACAAAUGGAACCAAGCCCGAAAGUUUACCACUGAAAAGGACUGAGAGUGCCACUUUUGAGCCAGAGACUCAGGUGGUUGUCCGCGGCCCUGGUUAUGCUUGUGGAUUGUCCGAAUGCCCGAAAAAUGUGGCCAAAGAGAGCGUUGGCAGUGAUACUUCGAAUCACAGCGAGCCUAAAGAAGAGAAAAAACAACUUGACCCAAACAACCCUGCAGCAAACUGGAUUCAUGCACGUUCAACAAGGAAGAAGCGAUGUCCAUACACGAAGUAUCAGACACUAGAACUGGAAAAAGAAUUCCUCUUCAACAUGUAUUUGACACGAGAUCGACGAAACGAAAUGGCUCGAAAUCUCAAUUUAACUGAAAGACAGGUCAAAAUCUGGUUCCAGAACAGAAGAAUGAAAAUGAAAAAGAUGAACAGAGAGAGGGGCAGUAAGGAUCACUUAUAGCCCAUGCUUAUAGCCCAUGCUAGAGUGGAUGUGUAAUCCCUCGCCUUAUGAUGUACCAUAUUGUUGUGAUGACUUGGAAUAUAACGUUCUUUCUUUUUUGGGGGGGGGGGUUGAAUCAAAGUUAAUGUUGAGUCUUAAACGAAUUACUCCAGAACUCGAGUAUUUAUGCCCAAUAUGAGCCCAUGGGAAUGUGCUUGCGUAUCGUUUUCUUCGUGGUGUAUUUGAACAAUGUCAUGUUUUCAGAGGAUAUAUUUGUGCUAAUAUUUUCAGUGAAUAUUGUAGGCCUAAUUCAGUGAAAGAUCCAUCACGCAAAUUGGAAAUUAUAUAACUUACUUAAAAAGUAGAGGCUGACUGAUUAUGUUUGUAAGGCUGGGACUAGAAUUUAAAAUGAAAUUAUACUCUUUUUUAGUAUUUAUAUUAGUUUCAUGGUGUUUUUUUCUGAGGUUAGUUUUGGAAUGAGACAUGAUUGGGCGUAGCCUUAAUCUUAGCAUAUUCCUGCAUUUUCCGAAUCCAAUUCAGGCUGUAGUUAAGGUUCCCUUGCACUAAUGCAGUAGUUUGCAGAACUGAGAGAUAGGACUAAUAACGCCUUAUUGCAAAACUGAAAUUAGAACUAUUUGGUGACGAGGAAAGUAGGACUAAUUAGAAGGUUUCUUUCUCUUAAAUAAAUGCAUUUGGUUAAUCUGUAUAAGAGAUUCAAUGAUUGGAUAUUUCGUUGUAUUUUUUUUUAAGGUCAUCAGAAUUAAACAACGUAAAGUGGCAUUUGGUAUACUGAACUCACAUUUUAGAAACAUUUUUUUCAUAAUAUGAAUUUAGUUUACAAGGUGGUUGGAUUUCACUUGAAUAGGAUAAUGUUGCAUUGUUUAAAGAGGUAAUAAAGUAUUUAUGAUUGGGA